CACAUCUUCAAAACUCAUAACAUCAAGUUCAUCAUGUCCGAAAAGACUUUCCGCGCCUACAGCCAAGAGCAGGGCAAAACCUACGCCCAGCUCCGCCUCGACUACAAUGAAAGCCUUUACCAGGCCAUCCUCGACUUCCAAAAGGCUGGCUCCGGCCAAUUCGAUACCAUCAUCGACAUUGGCUGUGGUCCUGGGACUGCAGUCCGCAAGCUUGCGCCAAACUUCAAAAAUGCCUUUGGCCUUGAUCCUUCAGAGGGAAUGAUCAGCACUGCUCGAUCUCUGAGCACCUCAGAUGAGCGUAUUCGCUUUGAGGUGUCAUCAGCAGAGACACUUGGCUCUGAGCUUGAGACGCCUAUUCCCGAAGAGAGCGUUGAUGUCAUCACGGCUGCUACAUGCGCUCACUGGUUCGACAUGCCCAGCUUCUGGGAGCGAGCUGCCAAGGUCCUCAAGCCCGGCGGCACAGUCGCUUUCUGGACCGGUGGCGAUCUUCGUGUCGACAAGACCAUGGCCGAGCACGUUGCCCUCCAAGCCGUUGUCGAUGAACUCGAUGAACAGCUAAAGGACUACUUCGAGCCAGGCAACCUGCUCACCCGCGACUUGUACCGCCGCAUCCCCCUCCCCUGGACUUGUCCAACUCCUGUGCCUGAAUUCGACGAGUCAUCCUUUAAGCGGCUGGAGUGGAACACUGGCCCAGUUUCUCCCUCUGACUGCUUCUUUGUCAAGAAGCAGCCUCUCCCUCCGGCCGUGAUCGAGCUGAUGCUGGGAACCGCCAGCCCAGUUACCAGAUGGCGGGAGGCUCACCCAGAAGCAGUGGGCACUGAGCAAGAUGUUUUGCGGGUCAUGAGAAGGAAGCUUGAGAAGAUCCUACACGACUCUGGCGUUGAGGAGGGGGCGGAGCUAGUCCAUGGUGACAUGGAGGGGGCCUUGCUGUUGGUGCGAAAGAAGGCUGCCUAGAGAAGAGACCAUGCUCAAUACCUCAACUACCAUUCUUAUUUCUAGACUGAAAGUAAUGUGGUACCUCCCGACAAGCUAGUCUGGCCGGUUGGGAGAGUGCCAGACUCGGAUCAAGAUUCAGUCGAUUUAAGCCCAAAGGCUACUAUUAAUAACAUCGUAAUACUUAGGGAGCCAAUGAACACUCCUCUUAUAUCUAAAACAUCAUGGC